GGCGCCGCAUGCGCGCUCACAGUCGGCGGCCGCGCGCAGCACGCUUAGGGCCGGGAUGGCGGCCGCGGCUGCAAAUGGGGCGCCCCGGGAGGAGGAGGGGCCCGGAGGGGAGGCAGUGGCCUCACAGGCCCAAGCUCCGGCGAGUGCCCCGGGGGCUCGUCUCUCGAGGCUGCCUUUGGCUCGAGUGAAGGCUUUGGUGAAGGCGGACCCCGACGUGACGCUAGCGGGACAGGAAGCCAUCUUCAUUCUGGCGCGAGCCGCGGAACUGUUUGUGGAGACCAUUGCAAAAGAUGCCUACUGUUGUGCCCAACAAGGAAAGAGGAAAACCCUUCAGAGGAGAGAUUUGGAUAAUGCAAUAGAAGCUGUGGAUGAAUUUGCUUUUCUGGAAGGUACUUUGGAUUGAUUGCUGAGCUGAGCAGUUUUUGAACCUUCACUGCAUUCUUCAGCUUGCCUCUCUCUGCGGGCCUCAGCUUUGAAGAACAGUCUCUGCACAUAUGCACAUCUUCCUGUUCCACCCUUACCUAAGCCGGGAUAAGCAGAGAUCUCACCUGAUAACUUUUCUUUAUAAGGUCUUCCACUACUUAUGUCUGUCUUCCACUUCAGCCCUGGAUGCAGCUGUUGCUGCUUGGGGCAGAGAUGAAGAAAUUGUUUUCAUAGGUGGCUUAAUGAAUGAUGAGGACCAGAAUAAAGGUCUUUGAUCAGCUUCA